GCAACUUAGGUUAUAUAUAUAUGUGUGUGUGUGAGCUCAUGACUUACACAUAACUCCACUAAUUGUUAUUGAUGGAUUUUCACAAACCACCACACAUAGUUCUACUCUCAAGCCCAGGCCUAGGUCAUCUGAUCCCCAUAAUCGAACUCGCAAAACGCUUCAUUAUCCACCACAAAUUCAACCUUACAAUCCUCGCCGUCACUUCCCAAACCUCACAUGCAGAAUCUCAAAUCCUCAAAUCAGCCACCAACUCCUCCCUCUACACCAUCAUCCAAAUUCCAUCACCAAACAUUUCCUCCCUUCUCCCCACCUCCGCCACCGUCUCCACCCGCCUCUCCGUCACAAUGCGACAGGCCAUACCUUCCAUCAAAUCAGCCCUCACAAACACUCCCCUCCCUCCUUCCGCUCUCAUCGUCGACAUAUUCGGCACAGAGUCUCUAACCUUAGCACAAGAACUCAACAUUCCCAAAUUCAUCUACGUAGCUUCACACGCUUGGUUUCUUUCUCUGAUCGUGUAUUCACCAAUUUUGGACAAACAAAUUGAAGGACAAUACGUUGACCAAAAAGAACCGUUGAAAAUCCCGGGUUGUAAACCGGUUCGACCAGAGGAUUUGAUUGAUUCCAUGCUCGACCGAAACGACUCGCAGUAUAAAGAGAGUUUAAUCGUAGCGGAAAAAUUCCCAGAAAGCGACGCCGUUUUAGUUAACACGUGGGAUGAACUUCAACAAAGAGAGGUUAAAGCACUAACAAAUGGGGAAUUAUCCGGUGUGUUGAAGGUUCCUGUGUUCGCAGUGGGACCCUUAGUGAGACAACCCGAGUCAGAAACGGGUCAACUAAAAAAGCCGGUUAUUAUUCAAUGGCUUGAUAAACAACCGAGGGAGUCUGUGAUUUUUGUUUCGUUUGGGAGCGGCGGAACGGUGUCGUAUGAGCAAAUGAAGGAAAUAGCAUUUGGUUUGGAGUUGAGUGAACAAAGAUUUAUUUGGGUGGUGCGCGCGUCCACGGGAGGAGGUGUGGACACGGCAUUUUUCACCACUGGAUCUAGUAGUUUCAAUGAUGAACUUGAUGAGAUACGGAAACAUUUACCUGAGGGGUUUGAAGAGAGGAAUAAGAAAGUGGGUUUGUUAGUUCAGAAUUGGGCCCCACAAGUAACCGUUUUGAAACACCCUUCUAUUGGGGGGUUUAUAACGCAUAGUGGGUGGGGAUCCGUGCUUGAGAGUAUAACUAACGGUGUGCCGAUGAUUGCUUGGCCGUUGUACGCGGAGCAGAGGAUGAAUGCGGCGUUGUUGGUGGAGGAGCUUGGCGUGGCGGUGAGGACCACGGUUGUACCGGGGAAGAAUGUGGUGGGGAGGGAGGAGAUAGCGAGUUUGGUGAGAAAUGUUUUUUUGUUGGAACAAAAUGGGAAGAGGAAUCAUGUGAGGGAGAGAGUGAGAGAGAUUAAGAUUAGUGCAGAGAAAGCUUUGUCUCAAGGUGGUUCGUCGUACACUGCAUUGUCUGAAGUGGCAAACAUGAUAGUUCACAAACACAGAUUUUAUUAGCCUCUCAAAAAACGUGGAUAUGAGGGAUGAUAUAAAAGAUUGAGAAAAUUAGCGAUAUUUAUUUCUUUCUGGAUUGUGACGAGGGAUGAUACAUAUGUGUGGGAAAUUUAAGUGUUUUUAAUAAUAAGUGAUGAAUCUUGUAAAAAAAAGAAUAAGUGAUGAAAUUGGCCCUUGGGAGCCAUAUCGCUUGUGUUAUCAUCUUAGUUAUAUUUUCCUGUUCUGCAUGUUCAUGAUCACAAAGUACUUUUCAUGUUAUCAAAUUUGAGUCAUUUUCCUGCAAAGCCAUAGCGCAACAGGAGAUUAA